AUGGUCGCAAUCAAGGCUCUGUUCCUAGCCUUCGCCGCCAUUGGCGCCGUCGCUGCCAUCCCCGUCGAAGCUGCUUCCCGCCUCCCUAAGCUUCCCCCAAACUUCCCAACCUUCACUCGCCCCCCACCACCACCUCCAUCCGGCACUCCUCCUCCCUUUCCCCCUCCUCCACGUCCCUCGGGUACUCCCCCACCUAGACCCCCACCUCCUUCUGGCCUGGCCCGUCGUGCGCCCCCUCCCAGCUUCUCCAGACCACCGCCUCCUCCCCCGAGUGGGACACCUGGACCGAGGCCGCCGAGGCCUCAGCCUACUCCGACUGCGUCGUUUUUGUAG